GUCUCCUUCUAAGCUUCCGCACUGCACCCGCACGCACCCACCCGUUUCCAUCUCGGCGGCUCAUCGCCCAAUCUUUUCUUCUCUGGCUCUCUCCUUCUCCGAACGUUCACUCUUUUGUCUCUAUCGAUGUGUGUGGAUGUGGCGCAUCUACUACUUGGAGCCCUAGCCGGUGAUCAUCCAGGAAGUUUCGCGCGAUCAGUUCUCGCUAUUUAACCUGGAACUUAACGGGUUUGGUAGUUAUUCUUUCGGUACCUUGUCAGUGGAUCUAGCUCUGUGUCUCAAUUAUGGCGGAGGAUAUGGGAUAUCGAGGAAAGUUGUGAUUUUGGUGAAUAAUUUGUCGAGGACGAUUGAUGGCGGGCGCCAAACGAGGUGAAGUAAACACAUCUUUCGAUAUUGAGCAAUUGCUUGUGGAAGCACAACAUCGAUGGUUACGCCCUGCUGAAAUUUGUGAAUUACUUCAAAACUAUAAGAAAUUCCGUAUUGCACCAGAACCGCCAAAUAAACCUCCCAGUGGAUCCCUAUUCCUAUUUGAUAGAAAAGUAUCAAGGUACUUCAGGAAGGAUGGUCAUAACUGGAGAAAGAAAAAGGAUGGAAAGACUGUGAAAGAGGCUCAUGAGAGACUAAAAGUUGGCAGUGUUGAUAUGCUUCAUUGCUAUUAUGCUCAUGGCGAAGAGAAUGAAAAAUUUCAACGACGCAGUUAUUGGAUGUUGGAAGAGGAUCUAAUGCACAUUGUCCUCGUCCAUUAUCGUGAAGUCAAGGAGAAACCAAGUUUCAGCCGCACAACAAGUCUCAGUCAUGCACGAGAAGUAGAAGAGGUUAAGCAAGUUACCCAAAUGUGCAAAGUUUCCAUUCCAAAUUCUACCAUGAGCCAGAGCCAGCCGCCUUCACAGACGAUGGGUGCUGAUAGCCCCGUUAGUUCCCACACAUCGGAAUAUGAAGAUGCCGAAUCAGGAUAUCCAAAGCAAACUUUGAUGCAGCGGAUAAUUAUCAAACAACUUCCAGAUACCACCCUUUCGCUGAGAUGUGGCAGCAUGAUGAUCGACAAAUAAUAAUACUAUCAACCUUUCGCCCUUGUGUCACUACUCCUGGCAGAUUGGGGGAAUUACAAUUUUGCACUUUUCUUCAUGUGGCUUGGAUCUCUCAGGGCAUUUCCAGGGGAAAAUAAGCAAAUCUGAAACAAGAUAGAACUACCUAACAAGCCUUCAGGUUAUACUGAGCCCAAAGGCACAGUUUGAUACAGCAAUACAACAAUCAGGGACUACUUUCAGGAGAUUUUUACGAGCUUCAUGAGAUCAUGAAUGCCGGGAAGUGUUUUGUUUCAGCUAGAUUACUCAUAGAAAAAGACUGGAAUUCUUUUAUUUCCUUCCAUAGAUCUUUGGCUCUUUCGAUGUAAACUAUCUUUUGUCACUAAUCUAUAGGUUUCAAAAGGCCUUCUGAUUGAGCAAUUUGUUCAAUGAUUUGCUGAAGCCUUUAUAUAUUAUAGUAGGGAAAGUGUAUGUAGGCCGGGUACACCUUUGCAUACAGAGCUCAAAGCUCUUGUACAGAAAUUUUUUAAGUGAUUUAUUGUGGGAUUUUAACU